GCGCCAACUAGGAAAGGGAGGGCGGGGCAUUGGCAGGCCCCAGUGAGCAGCUAUUACCGCGAAAGGCCACCUUGGCAGCGACAGCCCGGGAGGGAGGUGAAGGUCGGCCUGUUUUUCUGCACUCCCGGGCUGGGCAAGAGAGUGAAAGAAGAGUGAAGAGAGUGUGAGACCGGGCCGUGGCCUCGCGGUCUAGCUGCUCUCCCUCCUAGACCUGCCCCGCUUGUUUGGAUUUAAUCUUCAGGUUGCCGUCGCCCGCCCGCCGGCCUCGCGGAGUGAGGGGAAGCACUCGCGCCAGUGGCUGGCGCCUGCCGAUUCCGGACACCCGCUCGUCUUCUUCGCUUGCCCGCGGCAGCCGCGUCCCUGAACCGCGGUGUCGUGUUUGUGUUUGACCCGCGGGCGCCGGCAGCGGGGCGCGCGGCCGAGGCCAGUGCCGGCGGGGCGGGGCGGGCGCGGCGGAGGCGGAGGAAGAGGGAGCAGGAUCCCUGGGAGGCAGGGCGCCGCCAUGGAACUGGGCCCGGAGCCCCCGCACCGCCGCCGCCUGCUCUUCGCCUGCAGCCCCCCUCCCGCACCGCAGCCCGUCGUGAAGGCGCUGUUCAGCACGCCAGCCGCCGGGGGCCUGUCGCCUGUCACCAACCUGACGGUCACCAUGGACCAGCUGCAGGGACUGGGCAGUGAGUAUGAACAGCCACUGGAGGUGAGGAAUAGCAGUCUGCAGAGAAUGGGCUCCUCCGAAUCAACUGAUUCAGGCUUCUGUCUGGAUUCUCCUGGGCCCUUGGAUAGUAAAGAAAACCUUGAAAAUCCCAUGAGGAGAAUAAAUUCCCUGCCUCAGAAGCUCUUGGGGUGUAGCCCAGCUCUGAAGAGGAGCCAUUCUGAUUCUCUCGACCAUGAUGUCUUUCAGCUAAUUGACCAGGAUGAGAACAAGGAAAACGAAGCCUUUGAGUUUAAGAAGCCAGUAAGACCUGCAUCUCGAGGCUGCCUGCAUGCUCAUGGACUGCAGGAGGGUAAAGAUCUCUUCACACAGAGGCAGAACUCUGCCCCAGCUCGGAUGCUUUCCUCAAAUGAAAGAGAUGGUAGUGAACCAGGGCAUUUCACUCCUUUUUUUAUGCCCCAGUCACCUGUGACUGCCACUUUGUCUGAUGAGGAUGAUGGCUUCAUGGAUCUUCUCGAUGGAGAGAAUCUGAAGAAUGAUGACGAGACCCCGUCCUGCAUGGCAAGCCUCUGGACAGCUCCCCUUGUCAUGAGAAGAACUACAAACCUGGGCAAUCGUUGCAAGCUGUUUGACUCCCCUUCCACGUGUAGCUCCACCAUCCUGUCAACAUUGAAAAGACCAGACCGAUCGCAAGAGGAGUCCCCACGUGGAAAUAGGAAGCGGAGGAAGAGCGUGGCUGGGGUCAGUCCUGAAGAGGCAGCUAGUCCAAAGAAGCCCCAGGAGAUUCUACAUCAGUCUUUAUGCCUGGUAUCUUCCCCAAAAGGGACCAUUGAGAAUAUUUUGGAUAAUGACCCAAGGGACCUUAUAGGAGACUUCUCCAAGUGUUACCUCUUUCAUACAGUUGCUGGAAAGCAUCAGGAUUUAAAAUACAUCUCUCCAGAAAUUAUAGCGUCUGUUUUGAGUGGCAAGUUUGCCAACCUCAUUAAAGAGUUUGUUAUCAUUGACUGCCGAUACCCAUAUGAAUAUGAGGGAGGCCACAUCAAGGGUGCAGUGAACUUGCACAUGGAAGAGGAGGUUGAAGACUUCUUACUCAAGAAGCCCAUCGUAUCUACGGAUGGCAAGCGUGUCAUCGUGGUGUUCCACUGCGAGUUUUCUUCUGAGCGAGGCCCUCGCAUGUGCCGAUAUGUGAGAGAGAGAGAUCGGCUUGGUAACGAGUACCCCAAACUCCACUACCCGGAGCUAUAUGUCCUGAAGGGCGGAUAUAAGGAGUUCUUCUUAAAAUGCCAGUCUCACUGCGAGCCCCCCAGUUACCGGCCCAUGCACCACGAGGACUUUAAAGAAGACCUGAAGAAGUUCCGCACCAAGAGCCGGACCUGGGCUGGGGAAAAGAGCAAGAGAGAGAUGUAUAGCCGUCUGAAGAAGCUCUGAGGGUCUCAGUGCCAGACAGCAGCAGCCUGAGCCUCCCUCCCUACCCCCCUCCCCUCUUUGCUGCAGAGAAACUUGAGCAAAGGGGCCAGCCAUGUGACAUUUGGAGAGAAGGCCUGAGGCUUCCAUGUCUUAAACCUACCUCCCACUCUCCCAGGGUUGGAGUCCAGAGCAUCCUGCUGGCUCUUCUGUCCCUGUAAGUUGUCCUCCUUCUGCAACAGGACAGUCUGCCAAGGCUGUCACGUGCCACAGCACAGUUCCAAGCACCAAAUCAAGAUAUUCUGACUCCUCAUCCCCCACAGCUGGAUGAGCCGCCUGGGCCUCGUUGGGCAAUGGCCUUCUCUCCUGAGGGGAGAGGUAGGAGAGUCCAAGUGGAGAGAAGACUCACAAAUGCUGCUGGCCAAAUACCAAAGACAGCCUGCGAAGGAAAGGUCUUUGUGGGAUAACCCAUAUCAUUAAUUUAUUCAACUUUAUCAGUCACUUUCUUUUCUUUCUUUUUUU